AUGCAGCUUGAGAUGGAAUUUCAGGUGCAGAGGAUGAUGGGAUACAUGCCAACAGUGAAAGAACUUAGCAGAGAAGAUGGAAAUCACAAUAAAGUAGAAACCACUUGUCUGUCAGGCCAUUUUGCAAAAAGAAAGAAAACUUCUCUUUGGUUCACAGUGGCUCUGCUGGUAGUAUCUGUUUUCAUACUGACCAUAGGCCUUGCAGCUACCACAAGGACCGAAAAUGUAACCGUGGGAGGAUAUUACCCGGGAAUAAUUCUUGGGUUUGGAUCCUUCCUUGGGAUUAUUGGUAUCCAUCUGGUAGAGAACCGGAAACAAAUGUUGAUAGCAUCCAUCGUGUUUAUCAGCUUUGGAGUGGUAGCAGCUUUCUGUUGUGCAAUUGUCGAUGGUGUGUUCGCAGCACGACACAUAGAACCCAGGCCUUUAUAUAAUAAACGAUGCCAGUAUUAUUCAAGCGGAGAAGGAUUUUUAUAUGAUGCCUACCAGACAGAGGUAACGUGUUACACCUUAAACAACAAAUGUCAGCUGAAGGUGAAGAGUAAUACCUGCUACUGCUGCAAUUUAUACAACUGUGAAAACUCAGAACACUCUACCAGCUAUUACGAGUUCCUGGGCGUGAGCAGCUGCCAGGAUGUGGUCCACUUGUAUCGGCUGCUCUGGUCCUCCACGGUCUUGAACAUCAUUGGAUUGUUUCUUGGCAUUGUCACAGCAGCCAUCCUUGGAGCAUUUAAAGAUGUGGUACCUAUUUCUCAAAUUGCCUUCAGCUCUGCUCCUCCACCACAGAUUCUUUACAACCCAGCUCAGCAGCUCUUAACAUAUGCUGGAUUUUGUCCUUCUGCAGCAGCUGUUCCUCAUUAUUCAUCCUAUCAUUUGCCACUUCAGCCUACCAGCAAUUUCCCAGCAUCGUCGUCUACUGAUAUCUCUCUAUCCGAUGACACCCAGCCACCAUCUCAGGCCAGCUCGAACUACGGCCUUCCUCCCAACGCCCCUCCGUUAUAUGCACCAGCCUAUUACUUGUCAGGUGAAAAGCCACCACCGUACCUGCCGUAGCCACGGGACCAGUAUCACAGGUAGUAGGCCUUAAAAAGAAAACGUUGGCAAAACUAUGUGCUUCUCAGGCUUGUAGACAUUGAAGAAGCUCAUUCUGUAUGCACAGUAUUUCCCAACUUUAAAGCCAAGU